AUGGCGCCUCCUGAAAGAGCCGGAAAGAGUGUCUUUUUGGGAAAUAUCCCAUACAAUCUCACAGAGGAGCAAGUUAAAGACAUUCUUAGCUCCGCGGGCACAGUAACCAAAUUUCGUUUGAUGAUGAACCCGGAGACCGGAAAACCUAAAGGAUAUGGGUUUGCAGACUUCGCCGAUGCCGAUGCAGCCGCCUCCGCAGUUCGCAACUUGAAUGACUAUGAGGUCAUGGGACGGAAGAUCCGCGUGGAUUGGCCUCACAACAACGAGAAGGAUUCGAUACCCCCAGAUUAUUCGCAGACAUCUCAAGUACCCGGACAGGAUGGGCAGAUGGGUGCACAGCAGUCAUCCGCGCCUCUGCCACCUCUUCCCCCGGGCGUGGACCUCCCUCCGCACCUAGACUGCCCGAAUGCAAUCUCCCAAACACUCUCCUCUCUCCCUCCGAAUCAACUCCUCGAUGUACUCUCUCAGAUGAAGUCAUUGGUCAUGGCUGACCCGGCACGCGCCACGGAACUUUUACGACAAGCCCCUCAACUGGCAUACGCUAUAUUCCAGGCCCUGCUCCUGAUGAACCUUGUCGACUACAGCACGUUAGGGACGGUGGUGGAACAGGCUGCUCAGCCCCAAGCGGCAGCCGCCGCUCCCCCCGCAGCGCAGUCUUUUCAGCCAUUCUCAGCCGUACCCGGUCCGGUCUCCACACCACCUCAGCCUCAGCAACAAAUGUCUGGGCAAGACGAACUCUUGCAGCAAGUGCUUAGUAUGCCACAGUCGGCUAUUGAUGCACUACCUCCGAUGGAACGGAGCCAAAUCAUGCUUCUACGACAGCAAUUAAUGCAAGGUGCAAUGCGGUGA